ACUGGUUAGACCUCACCGGCACCAUGCGCUUAUUGCUCGUUCUAGCUCUUGUAGCGGUCGCCACUUGCGCCCCGGGCCAAGUCAGAUAUGACGGGUACGAGGUCUUGCGGAUUGUACCUCGAUCAGAAGGUCAGAAGGAAUGGCUUGAACAUUUUGAAAAGAGUUUCGUAUCAAAGUUGGACUUCUGGAAGACGUCUCACUCCCUGAACCAGCCAAUGGACGUAAUGGUACCGCCGCGGUACCAGGCUGAACUCAGAGAGGUGUUGGAGAACCGCGGUAUUGGCUUCACUGUCCACAUCGAAGACGUCCAGGAACUGAUCGACGAGUCUAUGACGUCAUCGGCUGGUAUCAGUGCCAUCGGUGGGUUCGACUAUAACAGCUACCACACUUACGAAGAGUUGAUGCAGUGGGUGACAGACUUUGUGUCCGAGUACAGCAGCAUUGCUGAGGAGAUAGUGGUCACACAGUCAGUAGAAGGGAGAGACAUCAAGGCCAUCAAGCUGGGCAGCAAGGGGUGGGGUAAACCAGGAGCCUUCAUGCAGGGAGGCAUUCACGCCAGGGAAUGGAUCUCACCAGCUACCAUGGUCAACAUGGCCAAGAAGCUUGCCGAGAGCUACGGUACAGAUCCCGACGUGACGGCCAUGUUGGAUUCCUUCGACUGGUACAUCGUUCCUUGCCUCAAUGUGGAUGGUUACUCGUAUUCCUGGACCAAUGACCGAAUGUGGCGCAAGAAUCGGCAGGUAACAUCCAAGAAGCGUUGCAGGGGAGUGGAUCUCAACAGAAACUACGACUAUCAGUGGGGAGGUCGGGGAGCCAGCAGCAGCGAAUGCGACGAAACCUACCGCGGACCCAGCGCCAUGUCCGAGCCCGAGCUAAGUGGUCUGACCAACUGGCUUCUGGGUCUCAAGGCGGCCGGUAAGCCCUUCCACCUCCACAUGGAUGUCCAUGCCUACGGUCAGUACUGGCUGUACCCAUGGGGCUACUCUGCAUUGAUUCCCCUACCGGCUGAGGCAGACGAUAUGGAUACCGUAGCGAAGGCGGCAACCUCUUCUCUGGCCAGUCUCUAUGGGACCUCUUAUCUCGUCGGGGGCUCUGCUAAGGCAAUGUACGCGGCUUCGGGUGCCAGUGAGGAUUGGGGCUUCGGCACGUUGGGCGCCAAGUACACCUACGUGGUGGAACUCCGCGACGAGGGACGGUACGGCUUCCUCCUCCCCGAGUCUCAGAUCCAGGCCACGGCUGAGGAAACCUUCGAAGCCAUCAAAGAGCUCUGCAGAAGCAUGGUGGCUGAGUACGCGUAGAGGCUCGAAUGAUGUCAUCAUAAAUGGGAAACUUCAAAUUUAAACAAAUCGAUAACGUUUUCGAUGGAAUUAAUUUAAAUAGGGAUAUUACUGUGUACCAGUAGCAUGUGCCAUGAUAAAAGAGGAUUGUAUAGGGAGGUCAAAAUGGGGACCAGUCCCGAAAUGCCAUCCUGUAAUCUAGGCAUUUCACAUAUUUCGGUAAGCCAUGUCCUAACCAUUUCUCGAGAUUGUGUCUAUAAAGUACUUCAAAGUCAAAGCAGGUGAUACCAGUGGAAGCGUAUGUGGGACUUACAGCAAAAGCUGUACUAUAUAUACUCCCUGUGUAACAUACUGACGGUGAUCA